AUGUUGCAGAGUCUGCUGUCUCUGUUACUCAUUACUACAUCUGCAUUUGCAUACCCAAUCGCAGUAGUGUGGGUAGAGUGGCCACACGUGCCGAACAUCACACCAGCUGCUCGCAAUUUGAACUCUCCUUAUUUAGGCGAGUAUGUUUGCGAUUACUCGAGGUUUUUUUGUGAUCCUUUCUGCUGCCUUGAGGAUUUUUUGACGACUGCGCAAAGAGCGUUAUUCUACUGCCUCCCUGAAAAGUUCAGCACGCCAUAUUUGGACUACUUCUAUCCGAAAGGCCGAACAACUUCUCUGCAGCGAAUGAACAACAAAGAUGCAACAUACAUAGACAAUAAACUGGAAGGCUAUAGUGCGGUGUGCGUUGCUAGGACAAAUCAUCCUAGCGAGCUUUACUAUUUCAAAGUACCCACAGAAGUUGAGCAACCCUCGCUUCCUACCUCGUCUACCACCGUGGUUGGCGUGAGCUAGUCAUAUGUUGUAGGCGACUCUGUGGCAACAGAGAAAUAUGUGGUCAUUAGUGGAAGCACUUCGUAUCGUCGCGUGUCUCCAUUCCAACUGCCGAUCACAUUGAGCGACGGAUCGUGCAGCUCAAUCGGGCGAAAUGUCGGUUUUCUAGAUUCAAUAAAAGGCACGUCAUGUACACUAAAUAGUGCUCAAAUGUGCUUGUUGUUUUCACUAGAGAAGUACGAGAACCUCUUUCUGCAGGCUAUGAUGGGGUACAAGAGCAGCACUCCUCAGUUAGUACCUUUGGUACUGAAUCUGCACAGCGUAUCCGGUGCGUUAUUGAACACUCUCGAUCCCACUGUUGUCCAUGUGGCAAGCACUUAACGAACUCUGACAGGAAAACGUGCAACAGUGCAAUUGUUGUACUACAAGCUUAUUUUUUCUACUCUUCAAAUAUACGUGGAAACCUAGUAUAAGCGGUGAUUAGCAUUACCCCUAGGUAAUAUCGGAUUAACGCAGUACGCUGCGCUGUUUUUUGAAGUUGCGCUCACCGGUGAGAAUGCGACUGUGCCGAGCAAUAUUCAUGCCGCAACUCCGGGGUCUCUCUCUCUCUCUGGUGAUAAAAUUUGCUCUGGAACAUUUGUCUCAGUUGUAAGAGUGCUAUCUUAGCGAGAAACUGGAUUUUCAGUGCCAGCUGGCGGCAGGCUAUGUAAUGGUAAUCAGUGGAAACGAGCUGGCUUCCUGCUCUCGAUCCUUAGUAGUGGGUGCUUAGUUUUGAUUAGUGAAUUUGAUCUUCAAACCAUUUGUAACUCCGGGACUGGAGACAUCAUAUCU